AGCUGCGGUGGACGGUGGUGAUCUCCGCCAUGGUCCGGGAUAAGCCGGAGUAACCGAAAUGCGGAACCCGGUGCGGAGGCGCCGCGGUACCGGCCCCCGCCCGGAGGAUGCUCCUCGCCCGGGAUGCAGGAGCUGCCGACUGGUCCCGAUGCAGCGCAAGCCCCGCCCGGCCCCGGGACCGCCUCCCCGACCCCCGCGCCGCCUCGCCCCGCCCUGGAGCCGCCCGGCAGUGACUCGGUGGGCACCGAGAUGUCGCUCUCGCUGAAAAUGUUGCCCUGCAAGAAGAGAAGAGCGGUGGUCGUGGGGCUGCAGAGCCCGCGGGAGCGGGGCGGCGCCGGGGAGGACGGGGAGCCGCCUGGAGGCGUCUCGCUGGCGGGCGCUGUCGACGGCAGCUCCCCCGUGAAACCGGUGGUGAGCCGGGCCGCCGGGCCGCCCCCGGCCCCGGGCUCGUGGAGGAGGCCCGGGGAGGCUUUCCUCAAGGGCGGAAGGAGGCUCCCCGCGAAGACGGCCCCGGGUUCCAGUCAGGAAAGCGCUGACGGCCGCCCGGGCGCGAAGGAUUCAUGCUCUGCCGCUGAGCUCGCUGAAGACGUUAAAAACUUGGAAGGGGGCAGAGAAGGGAAAACUCCUGAGCUUUAUACAGAGGUGGAAGUAAAUUUGCAGAGAGAUCCAUAUCUGACUGACAACCCGUCUGCAGCGCAGGAGUCUCCAGUGAGAAGUUAUUUGCAGCUGGCUGUUAGAAGUCCUACCAUGAUGAAGCCAUUGAAGAACACCGGAACUGAGGAGCAAGAUGGAGAAGAUAUUGAGAGAAGAAAGAGGAGGAGAAAAGCAAACAAACGGAAAAGGGAAGGGAAAAGUCAAGAAGAGGAGGGCUCUCUGUCUUGCGACAUCAAACUGGAUGAUACCCUUGAUCGCACCUUAGAAGAUGGUGCUAAGCAGCAUAACCUGACGGUUGUCAAUGUGCGAAACAUCCUACAUGAAGUGAUCACAAAUGAGCAUGUGGUUGCGAUGAUGAAAGCAGCCAUCAGUGAGACAGAAGAUAUACCUUUGUUUGAACCCAAAAUGACUCGUUCCAAACUGAAGGAAGUUGUGGAGAAAGGAGUGGUGAUUCCAACGUGGAAUAUUUCUCCAAUUAAGAAGGCAAAUGAGGUAAAGCCUCCUCAGUUUGUGGACAUUCCUCUUGAGGAAGACGAUUCAUCUGAUGAGGAAUACCAGCCUGAUGAUGAGGAUGAAGAUGAGACUGCAGAAGAGAGUUUACUGGAAAGUGAUGUAGAGAGCACUGCUUCUUCUCCUCGGGGAGCAAAACGAUCUAGGACAAGGCGAUCAUCUGAUGAAGAGGGAGGAGCACUCUGUGAGGUGGAGAAGGUUACUACACCUGUUGUUAGACAUAUUAGUGCUGAAGUAGUUCCCAUGGGACCUCCGCCACCUCCUAAACCAAAGCAAAGCAAAGACAGCACAUUCAUGGAGAAGCUGCAUGCAGUGGAUGAAGAACUGGCUUCAAGCCCAGUAUGCAUGGAUUCCUACCAGUCUCUGGAAGACAGCCUCAUUGCCUUCAGAACCCGAUCAAAGAGACCGCUGAAGGAUGUUCCUCUUGGUCAACUGGAGGCUGAGCUCCGAGCCCCAGAUAUCACGCCUGAUAUGUAUGAUCCCAAUACCGCAGAUGAUGAAGAAUGGAAAAGGUGGCUUGGAGGGCUCAUGAACGAUGAUGUGGAGAAUGAAGAUGAAUUAGAUGAUGAUGAUGACCCUGAGUACAACUUCCUGGAAGAUCUGGAUGAACCAGAUACAGAAGACUUCAGAAAUGAUCGUGCGGUGAGAAUUACCAAAAAGGAAGUGAAUGAACUCAUGGAGGAGCUGUUUGAGACAUUUCAGGAUGAGAUGGGUUUCUCAAACAUGGAAGAUGAAGGUCCAGAAGAUGAAGAUAAUGUUACAGAAUCACGGCCAAAUUUUAAUACACCACAGGCGCUUAGAUUUGAAGAGCCUCUGGCCAAUUUACUGAAUGAACAACACCGGACAGUGAAGGAACAACUUGAGCAGUUGAGAAUGAAAAAGUCUUCUAUCAAGCCACCACAAGAAGUAGAGAAAUCAAAACCUCACAAUGAGAAGCCUCUCCAAAGCCUUGUUCUCGACUGUACGCAAAGAAAAAGGCUCCAGCAGCAAAUGCAGCAGCAUGUUCAGCUUCUGACUCAAAUCCAUCUUCUUGCAAGUUCCAACCCUGCUUUAAGUUCAGAGGCCAGUACCACUAGGAUGUUUUUGAGUGAGCUUGGUAACUUUGCUCGAAGUUCUAUGCUCCUUCGUCAAUCAUUCUAUCCUAAAUUUCAAACAAUGUUUCAGCCAUGUAACUUGAAGGGAGCACUGCAGCUCAUUGAAGAUUUUCAUGCCCAAGUUCAAGUUGACUGGAGCCCUCGCAAAGCUGUGAAGAAGAGUGCCAAUGAAUUUCCAUGUUUGCCAAAGCAAGUGGCAUGGAUUUUGGCAACAAGGAGAGUCUUUAUGUAUCCAGAGUUAUUGCCAAUAUGUUCCUUGAAAGCAAACCCUCCCCGGGACAAGAUUAUCUUCACGAAGGCAGAGGACAAUUUAUUAGCUUUAGGUCUGAAACAUUUUGAAGGGACAGAGUUUCCAAAGCCUUUGAUCAGCAAAUAUCUUUUGCCAACAAAAACUGCCCACCAGCUGACAGUGCGAAUCAAGAAUCUCAAUAUGAAUCGAGCCCCUGAUAAUAUCAUCAGAUACUAUAAAAAGACAAAGCAGUUGCCUGUUCUCUUCAAGUGCUGUGAGGAAAUCCAGCCUAGUGAGUGGAAACCACCUGUGGAGAGAGAAGAACAUCGCCUGCCAUUUUGGCUAAAGGCAAGUUUGCCCUCCAUUCAGGGGGAAUUGAAGCAAUUAGCAGAAGAUGCGAGGGAGAUGCCAGGUUCACCUGAUGAAGAAUCUGUCUUUUUGGGCAUAGAAAAGGAAACUUCAGACACAGAAUAUGAUGAAAAAUACCCUCUACUCAUGCCAAAGGGACUAGUACUGACCUUAAAGCCUCUUGCCAAUCGAUUCUCCAGGAGAGCAUGGAGAAGACAGAGGUCUUCAGCUCUGAAGCCUGUCCUCAUUCGACCAAGUCCUUGUCUGCAGCCCAUUUCCAAUACUAUUAACAUUCAGAAAACCAUGAAGUUAUCCCAGUCAGAGGCUCCACCCAGCAAAGUUAUGGUUCAGAUUCCUCGGUUAAUCCAACCAGCUGCGGUUAUGCAGACAGUGCCAGGAGUGCAGCCUUUGAAUGUUCCAGCAGUAGUGGGAAGUGGGGAUGGCUUGGAAUUUCAGAACGUGCUCUCUGCUUCACAUCCAGACUCCAGGCAAGCUUUCUCAGCUGCUGUACCACCAGCAUUAGUGUCUUCAAAUCCAAUAACUUUUCAGCCAAAAUUAAUGUUACCAGCUUUGGCAGGAGCAAAAAUACGCAAACCUUGUGUUCGCAAGGGAUAUCAGAAGAAAAAAGGGACAAAAUCUGCCCCACUGAUAAAGACUUCUCCUUUGAUCCAGCCAUCUCCAGUCAUCCUUACUGUACCUGCUACCACAGUGAAAGUGGUUAAUAUAGGCAAUGGUUGCAACAUGAUUCAGCCCAUAAAUACAACUGUUGGGAGAAGCACUCAGGCUAUUCCAGUUACAACCUUGUUGGUAAAUCCAUCCACUUUCCCAUGUCCAUUAAAUCAGCCUCUAGUGACUUCCUCAAUUCCUUCAUUGAUAGUUUCUCCUAACCCUGUUGGUCUUUCUGCAUCUUCCGUUGGUGAAAAUGAAGAGCUGAAUCUGGUUCCUUCAUGCCCUGCUGGAAACAGCAAAAAUUCCUACCCCACAGUGGAACCCAAGGCUGAACCCCAGGAACUGUAUGCUACAUGCUCAGCUGUCUCCCCCAUGAAGGAAUGUAGUACAAAUCCUGCCACUUCAACUAAUGGCAGUCAGGAGAUGGUAAAUAAGAAUGACUGCUGUAGCUGGACAGUGGUGGAAGGACAAGAGAAUGCUUCAGAGCCAUUGUCUGUAGACCUUUUGCCUCAUUUAGAAGGUCCAGAUGAAACAGUGAAAAUUGACCCUGAAGAUUCAAACAAUGCUAUCAAGGAAGUAAAUCCAGUACAGAAGAGGGAUCUUCUGUGUGCUGAGGUGAAGGAGGAAUUCAUGCUGGGUCUUGGCCAGGAGCUGAACAUGGAGGCCUGCUCAUGUCCAAAUGAGUUGAAAGAAAUUAAAAAGGAGCACGCUGUGUGUGAAGAGAAGGGAGAAGAAGAAAGACGGGCUUUGCAGUCAUCUCCCCAUGAUGAACAGCAGGUAGAUGCAGGUGGUGUUACUGGACCACAAGUAAGCGGUGAGUCUCCAAAGAAUCAUUCAUACACAGUGGAUCUCGAAGCAGAAUUUAGUAGUCCGCUAGGUAGACCAGAAGAUUCGUCCAGUAUGGAUGGCCAGUCUGUUGGGACACCAGCUGGCCCUGAAGCUGGAGGAGAGAGAGAAGGACAAGAGGAAGAAGACGAUGAUGACUUUGAUGAUUUCACACAAGAUGAGGAUGAAGAAAUGUCAUCAGCCUCAGAAGAAUCUAUUCUUUCAGUGCCAGAACUUCAGGAGACAAUGGAAAAACUUACUUGGCUUGCAACAGAGAGACGCUUAAGCCAAGAAGGAGAUUCUGAAGAAGAGAAUUCCCAGGAAGAGAACUCUGAGCCGGAGGAGGAGGAGGAGGAGGAAGGGGAAGGAAUAGAGAGCUUACAGAAAGAUGAAGAAGUUUGUGGAGACGUGUCAGAAGAACCUAAAUCAGCCUUCACACUGACAAGGAUGGCCCCAAAGGUGGAAGCCCACAGAUUACCACCAGGAGAGAACGUGAAAGCCCCUGGGAAAAGCAGGAGUUCCCACAGAGCCAGAAAUAAGAAGGGACGGACUCGUGCCAGCAAAGACAUGUCAAAGCUGCUCCUCUUGUAUGAUGAAGACAUCCUGGAGAGAGAUCCCUUGCGGGAACAGAAAGAUCUGGCAUUUGCACAAGCCUAUCUAACCAGAGUGCGUGAAGCACUGCAGCAUGUUCCUGGAAAGUAUGAAGACUUCCUUCGUGUUAUCUAUGAGUUUGAGAUUAGCAUGGACAAGCGAACAGCUGUGGAUCUCUAUUUCACUUUACAGAAACUGUUGCAUGACUGGCCACAGUUGCUCACAGAUUUCGCUGCCUUCCUUUUACCAGAACAAGCUUUGGAGUGUGGACUGUUUGAAGAGCAGCAAGCAUUUGAAAAAAGCCGGAAGUUCCUCAGGCAACUGGAGAUUUGUUUUGCUGAAAAUCCUGCCCACCAUCAAAAGAUCAUCAAAGUUCUGCAGAGCUGUGUGGACUGCCUUCCGCAGGAGAUUGCAGAGCUGAAGACCCAAGUGUGGCAACUGUUGAAAGGACAUGACCACUUGCAGGAUGAGUUCUCAGUUUUCUUUGAUCAUUUACGUCCCUCGGCCAACCGCAUGGGAGAUUUUGAGGAAAUCAACUGGACAGAAGAGAAGGAAUAUGAGUUUGAUGGGUUUGAAGAGGUGUCUUUGCCAGAUGUAGAAGAAGAGGAUGAACCACCUAAGAUGCACACAGCUUCAAAAAAUAAGAAACGUAAAGAGAUCGGAGGCCAGAACAAUGACAAGGAGGUCGAGUGGGUAGAUGGGAUGAAGGAAUGUUCAUGUUCUUGCCAUGAAGGGAGUAUCGACCUCAAGCUAAAGAAAAGCAAAAGGAGGACCUGCAGCCACUGCAGUAGUAAGGUGUGUGAAAACAAGUUUUAUAAAAAUAAAGAUUCUCAAGAACUGACUGCUUCCCUUGUUCAACAAGAAUCGAGUCCUCAUCCUGAAGGGAAGGAUUCUGGAAUGUCUAAGGAACCUGCAGAAGAAAGCUUGGAAAACAGAGAUGAGGGAGAGGAUGUCCAGCGCAGAACAAAAACCGUAUCUAGGAAAGUGGACUCUCUCACGUCAGGAUCUCCCAUGGAAGAAGGAAUUGUCUGUGGCAGACAUGUAUCUUCAGAAAAAGCAGCAUUGCCUGAUAAUCAGGUUCAAGAAGCAGGUGUCAGUGCCGUUGUGAACACCACAAAAGACAGUCAUUCUUUUAUCACUGGCCCUGGAUGCACACACCUACAAAAAGCUACUCAAAACCUACCUCAAGAAACCAAAGACAGCCCUUGCACUGCAAGAAGUGUUAGUGAGGGACUAAACCAACAUCAUCAAGGAAAUGCAAAUGCUUUCCUUGGGUUGAGCAGAGAUCUGCUGUUGUCUUCUCAUUCUGCUACAGUGAAAGGUUUAACAGGACCUAGUUCCUUUUCUGGAAACAGUGUGUAUCAGACUGAAGGGCUUUACUCUGAAUCAGCAGACAAGUGUGCCAUCUUUGGUCAUUCUUCAAAAUUAAGUGCGAGAGAAUUUGAAGGACCACCUUUGCCUCUGGAAGGAAAAUCUGAAGCAAAGCAAGGCUGGAUAACACCAGAUAGAAAGCCAGUACUGGGUACGAGCUGCUGCUCACAGUCCUCCAAUAAUUGUGUUUUGGAAGCAGAUGAUAUGAGCUGCAUUGGAAGUUUUCCAGAGAACAGAUUAAAGUCAAAUGCAAACAACUGCUUCCAGGUGCAUCAGCAUUCUGAGGAGCUAGAGUAUAGAGUGGUUACUGCCUCCCUGGGGCAGAAGGAAGAGGAGCAGCAACAGCAGCGAGUCACAGAAGCAACUGUGUGCGCCAAGAACAGCAAAGUCAGCUCCACCGGGGAGAAGGUUGUCCUCUGGACCAGGGAAGCUGACAGAGUCAUCCUUACCACCUGUCAGGAGAAAGGAGCGCAUCUGGAAACCUUCCAUGCCAUCUCACAGAAACUGGGCAACAAGACCGCUAGUGAGGUAUCCCACAGGUUCAGAGAACUGAUGAAGCUGUUUCAUACAUCCUGUGAUGGGAGUUCUGAAGAUGAGGAGGAUGCAACUAGUACUAGUAAUGCAGACCAAUUGUCAGAUAAAGAUCUGCUGCUUUCUGAGGAAGAACCUGAUGACUAAGGGUUUCCUGGUUUAAGUUGCUGACUGCAUCAGGAGAGCUGUUUGCCAGUUUGCUGCUAGCCAGGUGCUGAGGAUAAAGGAAAAAAAUGCUUUUGCAGGUACUUAAUAUGGCACCUUUUUUGGUUCACUUUCUUGGUAACUUCUGACAAGCAGCACUUCUCCAUCUGUAUCAAACUAAAGGAACAAAGAAAGUGUUACCAUCCUUCAGAACCUACACAGGGUACUUCAGAAACAAGGAGUGAUGUUUGUGGACACUGACUUCUGUCUGUUACAAAGAUUUCAGCCAUCAAACCUUUGCAGAGAACAUGUAAAUACUGUAUCAUAAGACAGCUGUUUUCAUGUGGAACACAUGAUUUUUUGUAAUUUUUUCCCUUGUGUUGAUCAUACACGGGAAAGUUACAGAAUUCAAAUUGUAUUUAUUGUGUGGUCUUAAUCUAACAUGCAAAGCACAUGAAUUUGCAGAGUUUAGAAAAACACCACCACCAGAAGCAGCAGCUUUCCUCCUUUACAACACAACUUCAGGUAGGGGGACAACUUAAGCCAGCCUUUGUAAUAGGGUGAAAUUAAAAGGAAGGAGCAGAGGGGCCAUCUUCAAGCACCAUUUCCUUUAUUUUGAAAGCAACCUUGAAGAAUAUUCUUCCUUCCCCUAUCUCCAGUAAUAAAGAUAAUUCAGUCUGAA